AUGAAAUACUCCACUCUCGCUUUAUUCGCAACCGCUGUCGUCGCUGCCGAGGAGACCUUCAACCUCAGAGUCGUCUCUGAGAAUACCGAGGUCGACGGCAAGGGUAUCUCCCCAGUCAGAGAAGGUGCUGGCAUCAACUUCUACCUUCUCGAGGCUGAGGUUGGCCCUGAGUUCCACUACAACGCCGAGGAGGCCCGUCUCUACCAGUACGACGGUGACGACCAGGCCAACGUUGGUGCUGACGCCGGCUUCCUCCAAGGUGGCCGUGCUGUCGAGCCAUCCGAGGUCACCUUCAACGACGAGGGUGUUCUCAAGAUCGCCGAGCAGCUCUGGGCCUGUAAGGAGCUCAACGACCCAUCCCAGCACUUCGUUGAGGACUACGGUGUCGCUGCUGCCGAUGAGGCCCCUAACGACACCUGUCACAAGAUCUCCUUGCAGAGAGACGACGGUGGCAAGGAGGAGCCAGCUCCAUCCCACGAUGGCUGGAACCAGACCACCACCAAGCAGGUCACUGUGACUGGUUACACCACCUACUGCCCUGAGCCAACCACCCUCACCGUCACCACCUGUGUCGAGAAGGAAUGUGCUCCAAAGGAGGUGACUGUGUCCGAGCCAAAGACCGUGACCAUCACUGAGGAGUGUCUCGUUGACAAGACCACCACCCCACAGCCAUCCAAGGUUGAGCCAACCGAGAAGCCAAAGGAGACCGAGCCAAAGGAGACCACUCCAAAGGAGACCAAGCCAAAGGAGACCGCUCCAAAGGAGACCGCUCCAAAGGAGACCGAGCCAAAGGAGACCGCUCCAAAGGAGACCGAGACCAAGCCAUCCUCUGUUGCUGCUCCAUCCACCUCUGCCUCCGUCACCUCUUUCGAGGGUGCCGCUGUGAAGAACGCUGCUGGCUUCGUCGCUGGUGUUGCUGGUGUCGCUGCUUUGUUGAUCUAA